GCAAGCAGGCAUUUUGGUUUUGACUCUAUAAAAUCUGCAAUUAUGAAGUAUAUUUCCAUGAAUUUCAUCUCUCGACUUCAGAGUCUGAGGUCACUCGCAAUUCUCAACUACUGAAUACAAAUACAGGUAUCAAGAAUGGAUUGAUUUAUGGAUCAAGUCAAAACGCUCACUAAGGCUCUCAUCAAGAAUUCAAACAACCCCAAACUAGCAUGGCUACUCUUCAAGCGCUCUCUCUCUGCUCCCACUCCUCCCCCUUUCCAAUCAAUCCCUCCCAUCACCCGCAUCCUCAUUCGCGCCAAUAUGUUCCCCCAACUCCGCGCUCUCCAUCACUUCCUCCUCUCCCAACCCCCACACGCCUCGCUUCCUACUUUAUUUACCGUCGUCAAAAUCGUAGCCAAGUCCGGUCACAUCGACCACGCCUUUUCUCUCUUCCAGUCUAUCCGCACGCUCUUCCCCGAUCGACCCCCAUUGGUUUCACUUUACAAUUUGCUCAUCCAAACUUCUCUUAAGCAGGACCGUCAAAAUUCUGCGUCUUGGUUGUAUAAAGAUUUGAUUUUUGCCGGGGUUUCUCCAGAGACUUACACUUUCAACCUUCUGAUCUCUGGUCUCUGUGAUUCUGGUCGCUUACAGGAUGCUCGCAAGUUGUUUGACAAAAUGAGUGACAGAGGAUGUGAGCCUAAUGAAUAUACUUUUGGCAUUUUGAUCCGAGGGUAUUGUUUAUCCGGAAUUGCUUGUGAAGGUUUGGAAGUUUUGGAGUUAAUGAAGAAGAUGGGUCUUUGUCCUAAUAUGAUUGUAUACAAUACUUUGAUUUCCACGUUUUGUAAGGAAGGUAAAGUAAAAGAAGCUGAGAGACUAGUGCAGAGGAUGAGAGAGGAGGAUGGGCUUGUUCCUGAUAUCGUAACCUUCAAUUCAAGGAUUUCAGCUCUUUGUGACUUAGGGAAGGUUCCGGAGGCUUCAAGGAUUUUCAGGGAUAUGCAAGUAGAUGAGGAGUAUGGGUUGCCAAGGCCCAAUAUUAUAACAUUUAAUGUGAUGUUGGAAGGAUUUUGCAAGGAAGGAAUGUUGGAGGAAGCAAAAUCCUUGGUUGAGUCAAUGAAGAAACUUGGUUUUUUCUCUGAUGUGAGGAGUUAUAAUAUUUGGCUAUUAGGGCUAAUGAGGAACGCAAAGAUGUUGGAGGCUCAAUCUCUUUUAACAGAAAUGGUGGACAAAGGAAUAGAACCAAGUAUAUAUUCAUAUAACAUUGUGAUAGAUGGUCUCUGCAAGAAUGGAAUGCUUGGUGAUGCUGGAUUGUUGAUGGGUUUAUUGAAAUUUACUGGAAUCUCCCCAGACACAGUCACUUACACUACUCUACUCCAUGCCUACUGCAUAAAAGGUAAAGUCAUUGAGGCAAACAAUAUCCUGAAUGACAUGAUGAACAGUGGUUGUGCUCCUAAUACUUACACCUGUAAUACUCUGUUGCAUAGUCUGUGGAAAGAAGGUAAGGUAUCAGAAGCAGAGAAGUUGCUGCAAAAGAUGAAUGAAAGGGGUUACCCUUUGGAUAGUGUGAGUUGUAACAUCAUGAUUGAUGGUAUUUCUAAAACUGGAAAGGUGGACAAAGCAGUUGAAAUUAUUGGGGAAAUGUGGACUCAUGGAAGUGCUGCCCUUGGCAAUUUAGGAAAUUUAUUUCUUGGCUUAGUGGAUGGGGGUAAUGAUCGGAAGAAGUGCUUGCCUGAUUUGAUCACUUAUUCAACCAUUAUCAAUUCCUUAUGCAAGGAUGGGAGACUAGGUGAAGCCAAGAAGAAAUUUGUUGAGAUGAUGGAAAGAAAAUUGUUUCCUGAUUCAAUUGUUUACAAUACUAUUUUGCAUCACUUGUGUAACAGGGGUAAAAUAGCUUCUGCAUUUCAGGUUCUAAAGGACAUGGAGAAAAAGGGCUGCAAGAAGAGCUUGCAAACUUACAACUCUCUGAUCCUUGUGUUGGGAUCCAAAAAACAAAUAUUUGAAAUGUCUGGCCUGAUGGAUGAAAUGAGAGAGAGAGGGAUUUUUCCAAAUGUUUACACCUACAAUAUUAUGAUUCAAUGUCUAUGUGAAGAAGGAAGAAGUGAAGAAGCCACUGUUCUUUUAGAAGAAAUGCUGCAGAAAGGAACACUACCUAAUACGUAUACCUUUGAAUUAUUAAUUAAAACAUACUGCAGGAUUGGAGAGUUCAGACCAGCACAAGAGUUGUUUGAAAUUUCCCUAAGUAUCUGUGGCCACAGAGAAACUCUUUAUAGAAUAAUGUUUAAUGAGUUGCUUGCUGGAGGAGAAAUCAUGGAGGCUAAGUUAUUAUUUGAAGGUGCUUUAGAUAGAUGUUUUGACGUGGGUGGCUUCCUUUACAGAGAUCUUAUUGACAAACUGUGCAAGGGCGAUAAUUUGGAAAGUGCUCGUGAUGUUUUGAAGAGGAUGAUGGGUUCUGGAUAUGGGUUUGAUCCUGCAUCAUUUAUGCCAGUUAUUGAUGGGUUACGUAACAUGGGAAAUAAGCGUGAAUCUGAUGAACUUGCUGAUCAUAUGCUGGAGAUGGUUUCCACAGGUAAGGUGGGAAGCAAGGCGUACCAAAAUUAUAUGGAGUUAAAUCAUGAGAAACAAAAUAAGUAUGGAACAGCUGAGUGGCAGAAAAUUGUGCACAGAGAUGAUGGCAGUGCAAUCGCCAUGAGAAGCUUGAAGCGGGUACUUAAUGGGUGGGGUCAAGGGAUAUAUAUCUAGUUUUCUAGCCCAAAAGGAUAAUUGGUGUUGGUUGAAGCUUAAAGUUACUGAGUCAAUUUUCAUUUGAUUGAAAGAGUGUUAAAGCAGCAGCUGCAAUAAUUUUGAGUGUGAAAUAGGUGAGCUAUACAUACUGUGGUCUGUCCAGCAAGUGCAGGCGCAUCAUCAAGUCUUGAAACUAUUGAAAAAUGUAUUUUGGUUUAAUGGGUGCUGGCUGCUAAUUCAAAUACUCUUGAUUCCUUUCCUCCAAUUAUUUGUGAUAGAUUCCUAGUUUUUUGGUGGGAUACUUAGCAGCAUAGCAUGUAAAAACAUUUUCUUCACCAAAAAACACAAGAAUUGUACUAUAGUGUGUGUAGCAAGUUUGAUGAGAAUGAAACAAUUUUUUAUUUUUUUU